AUGCUGUCAUCAGGGCACUCUUUAGUGCCAUCCAUUUUACGUCGCCUCCUUCUGGCCUCGGUUGUUGCUUUUAUCGGCCAUACACAUGCAAAAUUCCUGAAAGCGGAUCUCAAAUGGCCAGUCUUCUGGAAGCCUCACAAUGAACUUCAGCCAAGCCUCACCGACGUCCUCGCUCUUCGAGAACCAGACACCGAUCCUGUAUUCGAGAAGGCCAUGCACAUGGUGACCACUCUUGCCACGCAGUCGACCUGUCACCAAGCAGCAGCAGCUCAGUUGCUAGUCACAUGCAAAACUGUGGGAGCGAACAUGGCCCAGGAGGAUGGCAAACAUGAGCUGCUAGAAAGAGCCAAGUCAGUCUACGCAGUGCGGGUGGCUGUUUGUGAGACUGGCGAAGGUCGAGCAGAAGUUCCAUCGGCGUGCAAAUCCAUCCUCACCAUUCCCCAGCGGCUUGAUCAUGAGAUAGACGUGGUCAGCAGCCGAACUGUGGCUCCUUGUCUCGGAGCGUUGAUGGAGGAACACUAUUACUGGACAAGCUAUAGCAACAACAAGCAAGACGCCAAUACGUUGUGUCAAGCGAGUACCCUGGAAUCUACGAGGCUGGAGGCGCUUCAUUCUUACCAGAAGCUCGCGGAACUUCUCCCUGAAUUUCGGAUUGCGCUCAGUUCCACUCGGUCUCAGUGGUUGGACUUCCUAAGACAGCAGAAGGAAGAGGUUCAGCAUGUGCACAAGCUUCAGCGCCAAUAUCGUGAUGGACUUCAAGCACAGCAGAAAGUCGAGCUUGGUUCGUUUCGUGAAUCCAUGAAAGUCGCCAAGAAUGGCCUACUUGAUAUUUCUGAAGGCCUACAUCAGGCACUGGCGAGCACUGACUCUGACAUUUCACAAGCUCGCGAGGCUCUCCGAGGUGUCCUGGCCGAUUUCACAGGCUUGAAAAUGUUGCUGCAAGAGACGGCCGCCAAAACGAGUGAAAACAACGCGGAAUUGGUUGCUUCUCAAACACGAGAUAUUGCCAAUGUCCACGAUCUGGCUCUGUCAGCGACUCGAGCGCUGGAGAAUGUACAUGUAGAGGCAUUUGCCGAGGAUGUCCACGGACUCGUUCAUCAGCUAAAGACCAAUCUCGACCAGAUGGCCGGUAUCCAGUCCAUGCAGCUAGACGAUACGCUGCAUCACUUCGAGCUCAGCAAGGAGUUGUCCUCGGCCCAGGAAGCAAACCUCGUUCUGGGACAGCGGAUCAAGGAUUCCGCUGGUUCUAUAGCAUCCGAGCUCGAAAAUGCGCAUACUGCUGCCGGACGGGUGUCCACCAAGCUUGACAGAGUCAACCAGGCAUUGGCGCAUAUCGAAGCAGCAACUGCUUCUCUCGGCACCUUUUUCGCCAUCAUUACCAUACCGUGUCAAAUGGUCGGACGCCUCCACCUUAGGCUGCUUGCACUUUUCGCGGCACCGGCUUCAAUGCUGCUGUUCUGGAAGCCGAUGAAAUAUUCUUGCACCGUGAUGGCCACUUAUACCUUCCUUGAGACCAUGAUAUCAUUGGCUCACGAAAAUCGAGUCACGGCGUCGACAGCUCUGGCGCGCCUCGGCCACCAUUCUCGAGCUAUAACACAAUCUGGAACGAUCGCCUUCCACAACAGCGUGGUUGUCGUUGUGGCCGCGAUUGUGACCAUCUUCUGCUGCUACUGUCUGCUUGCUAUACGGACUCGACCGAAGCAGAAAUCGAGACCAAAACCAAAACCAAUACAUUCUUUGACUUUCAAAUCUAUCCAGAGGCUUGACGAGUUAACGGCUUCAGAACGGAACUAUGACAUUUACAGACUGCGGCAUGGCAAAAGGCAAUGGCGACUGGCGGACAAAGUCCCUCGCGCGGCCACUGUCUGCUAG